AGGACUGUACAUAAGACGGACUGGAAAGAGUGUAUCACUACGACAUCAUUUUGUAUGAGUCGUCUCCAUGGCACUAUGAAACACCACUUUACACAUGUAAAGGAAAACCCAACUGAGGACGAAUAUAUUCGGAAAAACACGUUUGGAAUUUCCUGCAACUUUGGAACCUUUGCCAAUUAAGUUUUAUUCUUGUCCAUAGACUGUCAAAACAUCAGAGAGAAUGUACUCCCACAAUCUGGUCCUUCUCGUAAUUUUGUAUUCGCUCACGCUGUUCAUGAUGAUGUGUCUGCCAGGAGCCUCAGCGCAGAAGUCGAAUGGUCCGAGGUGGCUUAUAGGGGACAUAGAGAGUCACUGUGCCAUCGUUUGCUCCAAGACUCGUGGCAAGCCUGUGUGUGGUUCGGACGGCCUCAGUUAUGAUACCAGCUGUGACCUCCAGAGGGCGAAAUGCAAGGACCGCACUCUCACCCUUGCCCACAGGGGCCAAUGCAGAGGUAAAAACUGGGUAAGGAUAGAUCAACCUCCCAUUCUCCCUGCACCUACACAUUCAUCAGAGGACAAAGAAAUGGAAUUGAAAGAAGCAGGCCAGUCAAAGUGUCAGACGGAGAGGAGCCAGGCCUUGGAGCAGGCGAAGAGGCCACAGGAAUCCAUUUUCAUCCCAGAAUGCAAUGAUGAUGGAACAUUUGCCCAGGUCCAGUGCCACACUCUCACAGGAUACUGCUGGUGCGUGACAGUAGAUGGCAAGCCAAUAAGCGGUUCUUCUGUCCAGAACAAAACGCCAGUAUGUUCAGGAAACUUCCGUGAAUUUAUGGGAACUCAUGCUGGGACAAGUGGAUUGUCAGGGUCAGUAACCGAUAAACCACCAGGACCUCCUAGCUCUGGUAGAAAAGUCUCUUUCCGUUUCUUUCUCACCCUCAAUCCAGAUGAUGGUUUUAAGUCCACACCCACUAUGGAGACACAUGUUGUCCCAGAAGCUGAGGAGAUUACAGCCCCCACAUUGUGGAUUAAGCAGCUGGUAUACAAAGAGAACAAACAUAACAACUCAAAUAGUAGGAAGCCAGAAAAAGUUCACUCUUGUGACCAGGAGAGGCAGAGCGCUCUGGAUGAGGCCCGGCAGAACCCACGGGAGGCCACCUUUAUUCCUGACUGCGGCCCGCUUGGACUUUACAAGCCAGUACAAUGCCACCAAUCCACUGGUUACUGCUGGUGUGUGCUGGUGGACACUGGGCGACCCAUACCUGGAACCUCCGCAAGGUAUGAGAAACCAGAAUGUGACAGCACAGCUCGUUCUCGAGUCACAGAAAUGGAGGAUCCCUUCAGAGACCGAGAUCUGACAGGGUGUCCAGAUGGAAAGAAAGUGGAAUUUAUAACCAGCUUGUUGGAUGCCCUUACUACUGACAUGGUCCAAGCUGUCAACUCACCAACCCCCUCUGAUGGUGGGAGGUUUGAUGAGCCUAACCCAAGCCACACACUGGAGGAACGGGUGGUUCAUUGGUACUUUGCCCAGCUGGAUAACAAUGGAAGUCAGGACAUCAACAAGAAGGAGAUGAAGCCUUUCAAGCGCUACGUGAAGAAGAAAGCCAAACCCAAACGAUGUGCCCGCAAGUUCACAGAAUACUGCGACCUUAACAAGGACAAGACCAUCUCACUUCAAGAACUCAAAGGCUGCUUAGGAGUCAAUAAAGAGGGUAGCACUACAAGCAGCAGCAGUCAGGGGACAAGGCAAGGGACAAAUUUGUUCAUGUCAGCAAUACCUCAUUGCACACCUCUUCUGCCUCAGGGCACCAGCCUAGCAUUCAAGGUCUCUAAUGUGCAGCCUAACAGAGAUCUACAGUCAGUAGGUCGUCUGGUUUGAAGACAGAAAGUUCCAGAAGAUGAGUCAGUAGCACAAAGCACAAUGGGAAUUCAACUGUACACUGCUGGAAGAGUACAACAAAGGAUUCUUAGAAGAAUAAAAUAAAAAUUGAGGUUCCUCAAAACAAUAAAAAUGAUAACAUGGAACCUAAAUAUUUGCACUUUCUCCUCCCAUUGUUAGAUAUUUAAAAUGUUCUUGUUUGUGUUGUAAACUUUUAAUAAUAUGAUUAAAAGAUUGACAAAAAUUUAUACUGUAUGGCCAAAAGUAUAUGUGGACACCCAAACACCACAAUCAUAUGUGGUUGUUGAGCAUUUAAUUACAGAUCAUCUGCAUAAAUGGGGUUUGAUCGUCCUAAACUUCUUCUGGUAAUGCUUUUCACUACAGUAGAUGUUGGAACGUGGCUGCAGGGAUUAGCUCCCAUUCAGACAAUAGAGCAUCAAUGAGGUGAGACAAUGAUGUUGGGCAAUAAGUCCUGGCUUGCCGUUGGAAUUCCAGUUUAUUCAAAAUGUGUUUCUACAAUUUGCUAGUAUGUCAUUGUAUGGCAUGGCAUUAAGAUUUGUCUUAACUGCAAUUAAGGGGCAUAGAAGAGAGUGUCCACAUACUUUUGGCCAUGUAGUGUAUGUCAGAUAACAGCCUGUAAGUGUAAAUGACUAUCUGCUACCAUCAACAAUGCAUUUUCAGCAUAUCCACACUCACCGCGAAUCAAGACAGUAUUAUAUAGUUAUUACAAAGCAUUUGCAUGAUAACAUUUUAAAUGACAAAUUCAAAAUUCUAAUUUUGAAUGUCAAUUCAGAAUUCAAAAUAAUGAACAUUACAUUUUGUCUGUUGAAAUUAGCAUGUCUAGAAAUGCCUCUUCACCUGUUUGCAGUUGUUUUUGUAAAUGUCCACUCAUCCAGUUUGUUUGCUCUGUUGUUCACCUUAACAACAGAACUAAUGGAGCAUUGAUAGUGAACAAGAAAUUUAGCAAAAUCUUUUCUGUAAACAAAGAUUAGCUACGGUCUCCAGACCUGCACCUUAGAAAACUAGUAAUGUUCAACUAACGAUCACCUGAGAAUUAUCAGUAAGUUCUGCAUGGUUCAUUCAUUCAGAGUUCAAAAGCACUAUCACGCAAAAUUAGCUUUGUAAAUGUCACAAAACACUUUGCUAAGAUUCACCUUUUCAGAUUGAUUAUUCAGUGAGUACAUGGUGUGCCUUACAACUUCAAGGUGUUUUUUUUUGUUGUUUUUUUUAAUGAUGUCUUCAGCAAAUUUUUACCAUAAAGCUCAAAGCUGGGCCUUAAAGCUGAAAUGUGUAAUUUUUUGUUUAAUGUUCUUUCUUUUAAUUUUUUUUUUUUUUUUUUUUUUUUCAAAUUUCCCAGCUUAAUAUGCAGAGUCAACUGUAAGUAAACCUUUUGUAGGUUUAUUUAAUCAAAAGGUAUAGAAUUCUGUGGCACUAUCAAACAUUCCUCUGUAUUUGUUUUUUUUUUUUUUUUUGAGUGGCCACCAUGGUACUUUUUUUUUUUAUAAAGGUAGGACCCCAUGUUCUUAUCUGUCUAGAAGAGGACUUUAUACUGUAAACUUGGUCUCACAAUAAACCAGUAAAAUAAAGGUUUUCCACCUACAACUGUAAAAAAAAGCACAUCUGUGUUUACAAGUCCUGUCUGGUGUGAUUUAUUGUUAAGCAUCAGUGUUAGCUGGAGUGUGUUAGAUAGUGUUUUUUUUUUUUUUUUAGUAAUCAAUUCUAUAGUU